AUGCGAACAUUCGGGUGUCAGACGCACAUACUGACGCCAAAGGAGAAUCGACUCAAGUGGGAUCCAAAGGCUCGCGCUGGCAUAUUCGUGGGAUACGAAGAAGUUUCGAAGGCAUAUCGUGUUUAUGACAUCAAGGCGGUGAAGGUGGUUAUCAGUCGCGAUGUCAGCUUUGACGAGUCCACCUUUGGACUUCCGCCACCGAUCCCUGAUGAAGAUGCCGAUGACCUGGACUUCGAAUUGCUUGACCUCAAUGAUGAAGAGCCGCGUCUGGUGGAGUACAAGCAAACAGGCAAGCGCAAAAACCGCCUCAGUGAUGAAGAUACAGCAGCUCCACGACCGCGUGCAGUGCGUCAACGAUCUGGACUUGAAAAGUCAAGCGCGCCGGAAAGCAACUCGUCACGCCAAGAAGAAGACGAAGAAACGAAGGAUUCUGAUGAAUCAACUCCGCCUGUGUUUUGUUGUGCGAGUGCGAAUGCCGUUGAAACAGCAGCGGACUUAUUGAAGCCCUCAACAUUCGAGGCGGCAGUGAGCGGCCUUGACCAAGUUUAUUGA